AUGCCAUGUUCAUAUAAUGAUCUCAACGUGCUAUAUCGAUCACCUCUUUUAGUUGAUUUGUUUGAAGGAAGGGCACCACCUGUCAAUUUCACGGUGAAUGGAAAUAAAUACGGCAUGGCUUACUAUCUCACUGAUGGCAUUUAUCCUAAAUGGGCUACUUUUAUUCAGUCUAUUACUGAAUCGCAAACAGCAAAAGUAAGGUUAUUUGCCCAACAUCAAGAAGCAGCAAGAAAGGAUGUGGAGCGAGCAUUUGGGGUGUUGCAAGCUCGAUUUGCAAUAAUUAGAAAGCCCUCACUUGCUUGGAAUGAAGAACGACUCUCUGAUAUAAUUACUUCUU